AUGUCUUCAUCAAAAUCACUUCUAUUGAAUAAUAAUCUUGAAAUUCCUCAAUUAGCAUUAGGUACAUAUGCAACAAGUGAUGAAGAAAUAAUUAAUGUUGUCGAAACAGCACUUACAGUUGGUUAUCGUCAUAUUGAUUGUGCUUGGAUAUAUGGAAAUGAAAAAGGUAUUGGACAAGGUUUAAUAAAACAAUUAAAUAAAGGAGAAAUUAAACGAUCAGAUUUAUAUUUAACAAGUAAAUUAUGGUGUACAUUUCAUAAAUCUGAACGUGUACGUCAACAAUGUUUAGCUACAAUAAAUGAUCUUCAAUGUCAAUAUCUUGAUUUAUUUCUUAUUCAUUGGCCAUUUGCUUUUAUUGAUAAAGAUCCAUCUGAAAAUAAUAGAGAUGAAAUAAGAUUAGCUGAUGAAAUUGAUUUUAUUGAAACAUGGAAAGCAAUGGAAUUAUUAAUUGAUGAAGGAUUAGUUAAAUCUAUUGGUUUAUCAAAUUUUAAUGAAGAACAAAUUGAACGUAUUCUUCAAAUAUGUAAAUAUAAACCAGUUGUUAAUCAAGUUGAAAUUCAUCCAUAUUGUCCUCAAAUUGAAUUAGAAAAUUUUUGUAAAAAACAUCAAAUACUUCUCGAAGCUUAUGCUCCAUUAGGUGCAAAAGAUCGUUCAUGGAAAAAUGAAAAUGAUCCUGAAAUUUUAGAAGAUAAAACAAUAAAAUCAAUUGCAGAAAAAUAUAAUGUUCAUCCAGCAUCAAUUCUUCUUCAUUAUAUUAUUGAUCGAAAUAUAAUUUGUAUUGUUAAAUCAUCAAAUUAUCAAAGAAUUAAAGAUAAUUUCAAUUUAUUUCAACAAAAUCAAUUUCAAUUAACUCAAGAAGAUUUUAAUAAAAUUCAUGAUGAAAUUAAAAUUCGAUUUCGUUAUUAUAAAAUGACUGAUGCAAAAGAUGCUAAACAACAUCCUUUUAAAGAUUGGCAAGAUUUUAUUCCACAAUAA